AUGAAUAAAACACCUUUUUCGCAAAAGGAGAAUCGCAAUUUUUAAGAAAAGUCAAAGCAGACAAAUCCCUUUUCGUCAUAGAAUGCAGGAAAAGGGAUGUCUGAUUUAUAAAUUGUAGGCAGGAAGUAUGAAGACGUUAAAGCAGGAAAUAUAUUUUAAAAAGAUACUUAAUAAGAUUAAUAUGUUAGAGAGGCAAAGGAAUAUGAAUAAAAAAAUGUUGUAAAGAGUUAAACUAAAUCAGGUGGAUUCAAAAUUCCUGAAGAUUACUUCGAUAAGCCAAGAUAUAAAUAAAGGGCAUAGCAAAGUGAAAUAACUCCAUUAAAGAAAGAAAAAGAAUUCGACAGCAAUAAAAAUUUUGUUGGAAUUUCUAAACAAUAAAUUUUAUAAAAAUUGGGAAUAACAGAUGAAGAUGAAGGUCUAGCAUACGAUACUUUGCAAGAUAGAGUUUAUGAAAAUAAAUUAAAUGAAAAACUUUCAUAGGUAGUUGAAAAUAAAGUUCAUGAGAAAAUAGAGCAGAUUCACCAAUCAAGAGAAAGACUUUCAAAAUCAAAGGAGUAAUUAAAAGCGAUGCAAGAAAAGCAAAACAAGUAAAAGCAAGAUAAUUGGGAUAGACUCACUGGCAAGGAUAAAUUAAAAUCAAAAAGCAAAAACAUAUUCGAAGUUGAUGACCAAUUUGAAAAGAAAAAUAAUACUGUUGAAUUUGAAGUUGUUGGUAAAAAGGUAGAAAAGUCAAAGUCUUACAAGGCUCUUUAGCAUUUAUCAAAUACACAUAGUGAAGAAGAUCCUUAUAUCUUAGAAGCAAAAGAGUACGAAUCUAAGCAUGUAGUUAAGAGGAUUACCAAGUCCGGAGGCUUUAAAAUUCCCGAAGAAAUCUUUGAGAAGCCGUAAUCUAGGAAGAAAGUACCUAAACCUGAAUAGCAUCCUAAGAAUGAUGAAAAAGAGUUUGAUGACACCAAAAAUAAUGCAGGAAUUUCUAAAAUGGAGAUAUUAUAAUAACUUGGAAUUUAGGAUAUUGACUAGGGAUUAACUUAUGAUAGACUUUAAGAUAGAGUUUAUGAUAAUAAGUUGAAUGAAGAGCUUUCUGAAGUAGUUGAAAAUCAAGUUUUUGACAAGAUAGAUUAAAUACAUAAGCUGAGAGAAAAACUUAAACAAACUGAAGAGUAAAUCAAAAAGAACAAAGAAAAAGAUGAAAGAAUGAAGUAAGAAAAUUGGGAUAGAUUAACUGGCAAGGAGAGAUUCAAACCUAAGUAUAUCAAUUAAAAUGGAAUUGAAGAGGAAGAAUUUGAAGAAAGCAAUAAUUUAGAGAAGGAAGUAGAGGAUUACUACACAAAGAAAUACAAUUUAGAAUUGUCUGACAGAAAGAAAAAAGAAAAAGAAGAUGAAGAUGAAAGAAGCAGAUCCUACAAAGACAGGUUCUUUGAUGACAAAAACAGAUUUUCUCAGCUGAAAAUGUCAGGAUCAAUUGAUGAAAAUGUUAAACAAUUCUAUGAUGCUUUAGAGAGCAUGUAAAAACCUUCUCUUGAAGAGACUGAGCACACAUUGGAAUUAAUAAGCAAAAAGAACAAAUAUUUUAGAAAAAUUAUGUUGAGGAAAUAAGGAAUAGAAGUCAGUGAUGAUGAUGAAGAAGAGGAAGAAAUGGGAGUAGAUUUAGAAGCAGAUUAACAUAAAUUAAGCAAGUUGGGAGAUAGAAGCCCUAGAAAGUAACUAUACAAAUCACCUAGAAGAUUUUCUGAUGUUGCCUCACCGUUGAAUAUUCAAUCAACUGUUUCUCAUCAAGGAUUUAAAAGUCCUAAAAAUGGUGAAUUAAAUGUUUAACAUAGAGAAAAUUAAGAGUUACAUGAUAGUCAUAAUUUUGACCAUAAACUAAAAGGAGCACAUAAAUUUUAAAAUCCAUAUAGAAGGGAAUCUCAAACCAAUAAUGAAAAACCUAAAUCACCUAUUGGUCAACAAUAACAACAUAAAGUAGCAAUAAGAUCACCUCCAAAAACAGUGGAAGAAGAAAUAAGAGAUUAUGAGAAGUGGGAUAAAGAAUUUAAAAAUUAUGUUGUUGAUAGAAAAAAAAGAGAGCAAGUGAAGAAGUUAGAAAAAUCUUUGGAAAAAAAAGACUUUGAAUUAUAUGAGUCAACUUCUCCAAAUCGCAUUCGUUGGGAGAAAAAACCAACUACAAAUUUAGCUAAGUCAUAUGACAAAUCUCAAAGUCCAGACAGAAUGGGCUAAUCUAGUUUGAAUAAUUCAAAGGGAGACAUCAACUAACAAAACAAAUAUUAGGAAUUAAAAAUGAUUUAGACCAUGUUUGAUAAAAUAGACAAAGAGCAAACUGGCCUUGUUGACAAAUUAGAUUGUGUUAAAUAUUUAAUAAAGCAGAAAUAGCUCCUCUCUAUUUACGAUUUAACUUCUUAGAAUUUAAACAAAAGUGUUCAGCAGUUCCCCACUGAAAAAAAGGGAUAUUUUACUUAUGAAGAAUUUGUCAAAUUCUUGCAAACACCUCGUAAUAUUUUAGAAAAAAGUACUACAAGUGGAAAUUAUUUUUAUGAUGAGAUUAAAAAGAAUCGUAAAAAAAAUAUUAAAAAUGCCUAGCAAAGUCUUAAUUAAAUAGAAGACGAAGUGGCUGAACUAAAUGAAAAUAACAGCACUUGUUUACUUUAAGCUGAGCAUUUGAGAAUAAUGAGAGAAUUGUUUAUAGAUUUAGAUAAACACAAUGACAUGAUAGUUAGUAGAAAGUAAUAUGUUGAAAAACUUAGAAGUGAUGUAAGAAUAGUUAAAAUACUUCAUUUACCUGCACUUUAUAUGCCUUCGAUUGAUAAAACUAUGAAUGUAGAUCGUGUUCUUUAUAGAAUUGAAUAAGAGCAAUUUAUUGGUGAUCCUGAUAUUAAAUCUACUAAAGAAUACUUAACUUGGCAGCAAUUUUUAGAGUAUUUCAAUGAUAUAAAAUCUCUUAAAAAAGGCAAUGAGGCUGACACACAAGAAAAAAUAAAAUAAAUUAAAGUGUUUUCAUCAAUAAAAGAUAAUGUUGAUGAUCAGAAUGAAGUCGACUUAGAGGAAGGAAUUAAAAAUAUUCUUAAAACAGAAUAUGAUAAACUUCCUAAGCAGUCAGAAGUUUAUGUGAAUUCCUUUUAAUUUAUUGAAGCAGUCAAAAUGAAUCCUAAAUAUCCUUAAUAUACAAAUAACUUGUCGAGAAGAAAAGCAGAUAAAUUUGAUUUGAAGGAAGAACUUUUGUGUGAUACUUUAGAUAGAAUGGAAGCAGAAUGUGAUGAAUAUCUCGAUUUUGAAGAAAUUAUGGAGUAUUUUACUCGUAGAGGAAGACCAAAAUACAUCAACAAGAAAGAAGAAGAUAAAGAAUUUAAAGAAAAAUUAGCUACUAUUCCUAGAUAAAAAGAUAACGAGAAUUUAUUUAAUAGCAGAAUGAAGGAAAAGAAAGAAUAACAAAUGCUAAACGAUUCAAGCUUUAAACAAUCUGUAAAUAACUCCAAUUAUAUGGAAUAAGAUGCUGUUGAAGAAAUAGAUGGUUAUGAUUCCGAUCCUGAAACUCAUAUUUACAAAAGAGGCUAUGAACCUGAUAGGAAGGCUCUAGCAAGACCAAAGAGUGCUUUUAACAGAUCAUUUUAGAAGUCUUCAGCCAAAGAAGGAUAGUCUAGUGAAAUAAAAGGACUCUCUCAAAGUAUCACUAAAAGCUAUUUAGUUGAUAAAAGAAAAAGUGGUUAUGGAGCUUUGGAGAGUGAUGAUUAAAAAUAUAAGCCAUACACUAGUGAUGAAGAUUAAUACUACUCAAGUAAAUCUAGCCAUAAAAAGAAAAGAGUUUAUUAAAGUGACUCAGAAGAUUUUAAUUAUAGAGAUGAUAUUAAUGAAGAUGAAGAUCAUUAUUAAAAUCCCGAUCAACAUCAUAUAAAGCUAUCUUAAACUAGAAAAAAUAAUUAUUUAGAUGAGCCAGCAAGAGAAAGCAAUUAGCAAUAUUUUGACUCAAAAAGAAAUUUACAAGAAUAAAGAGGAGACUACAAAAAAGCUAUGUUUGAUUACUAUGCAAGUGAAGUUUCUAAAGAAAAAAAGUUUAAAUUGACUAAACCUGAGCCUUACCAGUUUGACGAAAGAGAAAAAGAGAGAAAAUAAAAGAAGACCAUAAGAUAAAAAAAAGUGGAAGAGAUGAUUGAAGAAGCUAGGGAAAAGGAGAGAAAAGAAUAUAACACUCGCCCAAAGCCUAAAGAAAUUCCUGAUCAUGUAAAGAAGCCUUUAUAUGAAAAAAUCAUGCAUGAAUAGGAAAAGAGAAGACAAGAAGUUAGAAAGAAUUCUGUAGCAAUCACAAUAUAGAGAGAAAAGCCAUUUAAAUUUUACAUUCGUGAUAAGAACCCUGAAACUUCUCUAAAAAGAAGUAAAAGAAAGACUUAGGAGGAAAGAGAUUCAUUUGUUUUCAAAGCAAAUAAAGUUCCUUGGUUCUGCUCAAUUAACUUGCUUGAGAAAAUAAAUAGAGAUGAAGAACUAAAACGUUAGGAAAGAGUAGCAAAGCAAGCUCAAAAAACUAUGUCCAUGUCUAAAUUACCUCCUCGUAUGGAGAAACAUGAGCAAGAGCGUCGUGCAAGAGAGCUUAUGGAAGGAUAUUCAGGAGUUACAAAAGUAUCAACCAUGAAUCCUCUUAAAAGAGAGAUGUAUGUAGAGCCUUCGUUUUAACCACCUAAGGCAAAGCCAAUUCCUAAUUUUAAUAAGAUGCACUAAGACUUCUAAGAACGUCUUGAUAAAAAGAGAAGAGGGAAAAGACCUACAGAGGUUCUUCCAUUUAAUUUUUAAGAAUCUCGUAAAUUGCCUCCAAGAGAUUAUUUAGAUUAAGAGAAUGAACUGAUGAGACUAACUAAAACUAAGCCAGCUGUUGAUAAACUUUAAGAAGCUAUGAAAUGGAGAGAUCACAAGCCUAAAUACCAACCUCCUUCAAUUUAAAAAUGGGAGACACUAGUUGAAAAGAAUAAAAAGGAUAAAGAAGAGAAAGAAAAGAAGAAGCAGGAAGAAAAGAAGAAAGAAGAGGAAAGAAAGAAAAAGGCUGAAGAGAUGGCUGUAAUUGUAAGAGAAAAGUAUUCCAAGAAUGACCAAACACUAAAAUUGCAGCAAAACAGAAAAGAGGCUGUUACUAGAAAAUAGCAAGAGUUCAAAAAAUAAGAGCAGGAGUGGUAAUAAAAAAAGAGUGAGAUUCUUGAAAAAGUUAAAAACAGACCUUUGUUGAUGGAGCAAAAAUGUAAAGGAAGAGCUUAUCUUGAGAAACUUAAAACUCUUGAUAGGAUAGAUAAUCGCUUGAGAGAAAAGGGAAUGAGCUCUAAGGAGAGACUUAAUCUCUACACAAAAGAUGAAAGGAAAAUGCUGGAUGAAAUUAAGGCUUUAAAAGCUAGAGGAUUCAAGAGCUUCAGAAAUGAGUUAGAUGUAGGAGAUGAUGUCUCUAUUUCUCCACCUAGAGAAGGUGAAGAUUAUGAGUAAUUAGCAAAAGAGUUUGGCGAAGAUAUAGAUGUUGGUAAAACUAAGCCUAAGACUACUGAUGCAAAGAAGAAAUAAAAAAAAUAGGAUGAAGAUAGCAAUUAAGAUUCAUAUUUAAAUAAAAAAGGUUCUGUGACAUAAAAAGAAUUAACACUUGAUGAGCUAAGUCAAUUACAAGAUAGCUUUAGUGAUUAAGAGAAAAAUGCAAAAGAAAAGCCUGUCAGCAAAUUUUCAAAUAAAAAUUAUUUAUAACCUUCAACUAGCAACAACAAAUUUGGAACCUCAACUAAGAACGCUGAUAGCUCUUAUUCUGCUGCAGAAGAUUCUUAUUUAGAUAAAAAGAAAGAUGAAUCAUCUAGCAUAAUUGACUCUAAGAAGAACUCUUUAAUGCAAAUGAAAGAGAGCUCAUUUGAAAGCAAAAAAGAUUAGCCUUAAAUAAAAAAAGUAACUUCUCAAUUCCCUUCAAAGAUUGAGUCUAAAUAAGAUACUGAUAGCAAAAAGUCAUUAGCUGACUAGAAAAAAGAAAGUUUAUUGCAAAUGAAAGAAAAAUAAGAGGUAGAAGAAGAAUAUCAAAAUGAUUUUGAUGAUUUAGAUUCACCUAGUUGA